GUUACUCUCUUUGUAUUUAACAACGAACAUCAGAAAUGGCUAUUGAAAAGGUAUACGCUCGUCAAGUCUUCGACUCCAGAGGUGGUCCAACUGUUGAAGUCGUCUUGACCGCAAACGGCAAACAAGCAACCGCUAUCGUUCCAUCCGGUGCAUCCACUGGUAUCUACGAAGCUAACGAACUUCGUGAUGGUGGUGCUGCAUACAACGGAAAGGGUGUCUUGACCGCUGUUAAGAACGUCAACGAUGUCAUCGCACCUGCGCUCACUGCAGCAAACAUUGACGCUGCAGACCAAAAAGCUGUCGAUGAUUUCCUUCUCAAGCUCGACGGUACUCAAAACAAGAACAAGCUUGGUGCUAACGCUAUCCUUGGUGUUUCAAUGGCUGCUGCAAAUGCUGCUGCACUCGUUAAGGGUGUACCACUCUACAAGCACCUCGCUUCCCUCACCGGUGUCAAGGCUCCAUACGUUCUCCCAACUCCUGCUUUCAAUGUUAUUAACGGUGGUUCACACGCUGGUAACGCACUCGCAUUCCAAGAAUUCAUGAUUCUCCCAACUGGUGCCAAAUCCUUCACUGAAGCUAUGCAAAUUGGUUCAGAAGCUUACCAAGCACUUAAGAAGGUUAUCAAGGCUAAGUACGGUAUUGACGCUACCAACGUUGGUGACGAAGGUGGUUUCGCACCAAACGUUAGCGGCGCUGAUGAAGCACUUGAAUUACUCGUUACUGCUAUUGAGAAGUCUGGUUACACAGGAAAGGUUUCCAUCGCACUCGAUGUCGCCUCAUCUGAGUUCUACAAGGAUGGAAAGUACGACUUGGACUUCAAGAACGACAACUCUGACAAGUCAAAGUGGCUCUCUGGUAAGGAACUCGCUGAUCUUUACCUCGGCUACGUCAACAAAUACCCAAUUGUCUCUAUUGAGGACCCAUUCGACCAAGAUGACUGGGAAGCUUGGUCACACUUCACCCAAAACUCACCAAUCCAAAUCGUUGGCGAUGAUUUGACCGUUACAAACCCACUCCGUAUCAAGACUGCCGUUGAAAAGAAGGCAUGUAACGGUUUGCUCCUCAAGGUCAACCAAAUUGGUACUGUUUCAGAGUCAAUCGAAGCUGCUCAACUCUCACAAAAGUCUGACUGGGGUGUUAUGGUAUCCCACCGUUCAGGAGAGACUGAAGACACUUUCAUCGCUGAUCUCGUCGUUGCACUCCAAACUGGUCAAAUCAAGUCAGGUGCUCCUUGCCGUACUGAACGUCUCGCAAAGUACAACCGUUUGCUCAGAAUUGAAGAUGAAAUUACUCAAGAAACUGGUAAAGCAGCACUCUACGGCGCUGAAGAUGGAUUAGCACGUGGUACCACAGCACCAAAGCUUAACGCUAAAUAA